CGAGACCAAGGCAAAGAAGCCGCCACUGUCUUCUUUUCGGAAUCCUGGAGCUGAAGCAGAAAAAGUGACAUCUGGCUGAUGCUCUAAGUGGACAAAAGCAGGUGAUUACACAACAGGAAAUGGCAGAAACUGAAGAUCUUGUGGGUCAGGUGCCACAUCCAGUUGAUGAUGAUUUAUUUAAGGAACCAAUGAAAAAAAGAAGACGGUCGGAUCGAGACCAGAGGUUCCGAGCGUUUCCCUCUGUGGAACAAAGCGCCUUUAAGGAAUAUGAAAAACUGGAGUCACGGACCAGAAGGGUUUUGAGCAACACUUACCAGAAACUCAUUCAGUCUGUGUUCCUGGAUGACAGCAUCCCUAAUGGUGCCAAGUACCUCAUAAACAGGCUUCUUGCCUUGAUUGAAAAACCGUCAUUGGACCCAAUCUACGUUGGAUUAUUUGGAAGCUCUGGGGCUGGGAAGAGCUCCCUGAUCAAUGCCAUCAUCCAGCAAGCCAUGUUUCUGCCAGUGUCUGGAGAAAGUAUUUGUACAUCAUGUAUUGUUCAAGUGAGCUCAGGAUGCUGUGAACAGUAUGAAGCCAAAAUCCACCUGCUCUCCAACCAGGAGUGGAAGGAGGAGCUGAAGAACUUGACGAAACUCCUGCACAGGCCUGAGGAGCUGGGCAGAGAAGACGAGGCUGCCUGGGACAGGGAGGAUGCAGUGGAGGAAGCCAUUUGGAAGCUACAAAUGUUUUAUGGAAACGGGGUGGAAAGGAAGAAGUAUGAGGAGUUGCUAAGAGCAAAGCCCAGAGGAAAGAUUCCCACCUCCAGAGUCAUCACCCUCAGGGCGGAAGAGGCAGGAGAGCUGUCUCUCAAGCUGGACCCCUACAUCCGGACUCAGAGGAGAGGCUGGGAUGAAGGAUCAGCUGAGACACAAAUCUGGCCCUUGAUCAAACUGGUGGAAGUGACUCUUCCCAAAUCGGAGCUGAUUCCAGAAGGGGUUGUGCUGGUGGACAUUCCAGGCACAGGAGACUUCAACAGCAAGAGGGACGAGAUGUGGAGAAAG